CUUUAUACACUGAGUGGUUGCAUUUUUAUUUAGUUCUCUGCUGCCUCUUCAUCAUGACUCUUAGAAGCAUCAUGGUUUUCAUCAUCCCAUUUUUCAUCAUAGUUGGGGUACUGAGCCCAGCUGACUCUGCUGGUAUUUGCUCCAGGCAACACUGCUGUAAAAGAUAUGAUGAUAUGGUGGUCAAUAUCCGUCACAUACGAGCCUACAAGGAGCAAAGUAAACAGGGAGACUGCAUCAAAGCCAUCAUUUUCUACACCACCAGUAACCACGAAGUCUGUGCAAAUCCAGAGGAUGAGUGGGUGAAGGACACUCUUAAAAGGCUGAAAAAGCCAUAGGAAAAGCAGGAAAAAAACUGAGAAAACCUGAAAACUUUUCCACGCAUGGAGGAAGAGGAUCUUUCAACAUGACAAAGUAAACAUUUGCAGCAAUGGAAUUAAGAUAUUUUAAUCUUCUGUAAUCAAAUCUUUGAGAAUAAUCUCUCAUUUAAAGGCAUUGGUGAAUUUUUGUUAUAAUGAAGUAAAACAUAAACAAUAUUUUUUUCAUCUACUCAAUUCACCAAGUGGAAUGAAUUAUACAAAUUAAUUAAACACAGACCAAUGUUUAAACUCACUGACUACUUUUCAUUAUUAUCUAUUUCUGUUCUGAGGUUAAUAAAAUAUUUUUAAAAAUAAAAUAAGACAAAUACUAAAAAACAUGCUGGUCUUCAAAAAACUGUGUUAAAAUGUUUACGAAAAGCUUAUCAUGGCAAAAGAUUUUUUUCGAAGUGUAUUGUUCAUUCUGAGGAUGAGCCUGAUCCUAACUGUUUAAUUUUACUUUAUUAAAUAUGGCUGUAUUGCUUUGUACUUCUAUAGGCUUUGUCAUGUUGACCUAUUGUCCCAUUUUAGUUUUUUCAUACUGUACCUUGGGACCUAUUACAUAAUGCAUGUCUUUUAAACUUUUUUAAAAUGUAUUUUAAUGCUUGCAAUAAAUCAUUGAUUAACUUG